UAGGGGGCGACGAAUCCGCCAUGGGAAUAGCCGCCUGACCUCCAGAGCUUCCGAGAAAGGAAGGAGUCUUCCUUUCAGUUUUCAGUCCUUUUCUUUUCUCUGCUCCCUCCGUACAUCGUCUCCGCCGUCGUCAUCUUUUCCCCUGCCGUAUAUAUAUUCUUAUUCUAAUCAGCUCCAUAUUUCACCAACUGUUUGACUGCUCAGCGCUUUGCUGCUUCGUUUUAGCCUCUAGGAUCAGAUCUUCGUUGGGAAAAAGUUCGUCCUUCGCUUCUAAUGCUCAAUACCCUCUUCUCUUUCCGGUUCUUGCGUCUCGCGGAGCUGGAAAAGGAGACGCCUCUGAGCUCGCCAGGGUGAUUAAAGAUCAGCUAUUUUAUUGGGUGAAUAGUGAUUUUCUAGGGUUCUUGAGAUUCUUUGGGGGAUAUGGAUGAUCUUGAGAGUGGUGCCUUGGAUUCAGAAGGAGAAGGGAACUUGAUUGCUGCCGCGCAACAAAUUGCGAGGGCUUUGGUGUCAAAGAGAGAGCUAACUGAUGAAGAGAGAAAGGCUUUGGUUCAUUUGAGGGCUCAGUUAUCCACCAUUACCGUAGAUAGUGAGAAAAAGAAAAAGAACAUUGAGGAAGUCGCGGGCAGAGAAGAGCAUCUCAAUGUUAUUCAUGAGAAGAUCAUGAGGUGGGAGAAUGAUCACUCCAUGAUAUGGGAUUUGGGCCAAGACGAAGCAUUUCAGUAUCUGAAUGCCGUGGAUGAAACCCGGAAGUUGAUUGAACGACUAGAGAAUUCAUGUCUGGAUAUGUUGGUUGAAAAGGAUGAAAUGUUGAGGAAUGCCCAUGAUGUUCUUCAGACAGCUAUGGUUAGGCUCGAGGAUGAAUUUAAGCAUAUGCUUCUUCAGAAUAGACGGUCUGUUGAGCCAGAGCACACAUCCUUCCGUUCAAGUGAGGAGGAUGCUGCAGAAGAAGGCUCGACGUUUUCUUCCUCCUUCGAUGACUCGCUCCGCAGAGACAGCUUCAACAGAACCUCGGAGGAAUCGAUAAUCGAUCUGAUUCAUCCAGAAAUACUGCCUGACCUCAGAUGCAUCGCGAAUUUGAUGUGCAACUCAGGUUAUGCACAUGAAUGUUCCCAGGCCUAUGUCGGUCUUCGCAGGGAUGCACUAGAUGAGUGUCUCUUCAUCGUUGAGAUGGAGAAGCAUUGCAUCGAGGAUGUUCUUAGGAUGGAAUGGGCUACUCUUAAUUUCAAGAUCAAGAAAUGGGUUCGAGCUAUUAGAGUCUUUGUGCGGGUUUAUCUAGCGAGUGAGAGAUGGCUCAGUGAUCAAAUUUUUGGAGAGGUGUCACUGAAUUUGAGUUGCUUUAUUGAGGCGUCGAAGGCUGCAAUUUUGCAACUUCUGAAUUUUGGGGAGGCUAUAUCUAUAGGCUCGAAAGAACCGGAGAAGUUGUUUUGCUUCCUUGAAAUGUAUGAAGUGAUGUCUAAGCUCUUACCAGACAUCAAUGAGCUAUAUCCAGAUAAUGCCGGGUCCUUUAUUAGAAUUCAAUAUAAUGAACUCCUGCAGAGGCUAGGCAACUGCAUCAGGAUGACUUUCGUCGAAUUCAAGAAAGCCAUCGCUUCAAACGCAUCAGCGACUGCAUUCCCCGGGGGUGGGGUCCACCAUCUGACUCGUUACGUGAUGAACUACAUGAAGAAUCUCGUUGAUUAUGGCGAGACUCUCGAGUUGCUUCUAAGCGACCAUGGUGGAGAGGGUUCCAAUUCAUUCUGUCAUGAAACUAAUUCACCCAUAGAGGAUGAAAAGAGCGGGGUUUCCGGAUGCGGAUUUCCCAAACUGGCUCCCCAUUUUCAUGGCAUUUCUUCGGUUCUGGAAUCAAACCUCAAUGAGAAAUCCAAUCUAUACAGAGAUGCGGCUUUGCAGCAUAUUUUUCUGAUGAACAAUGUGCAUUACAUGGCGGAAAAGGUGAAAAAUUCUGAGCUUAGGCUUGUUUUCGGAGAUGAUUGGAUUCGGAAGCACAAUGGUAAGUUCCAACAGCACGCUUUGAGCUAUGAGAGAUCGACAUGGAGUUCCAUACUCUCCUUCCUUAGAGAGGAGGGGCUUCAUAGUUCGGGUUCGGGUUCCAUCUCGCAGACCCUUCUAAGAGAAAGGUUAAGGAACUUCAGUCUCGCUUUCGAGGAGGUAUACAAGGCUCAGACAGCCUGGGUGAUCCCGGACGUUCAGCUGCGGGAAGAUUUACGCAUCUCCACAUCCCUCAAGAUAGUCCAAGCGUAUCGAACGUUCGUGGGUAGGCAUAGCGGUCAUCUAAGCGACAGGCACAUCAAGUAUACUGCGGACGACCUGGAGAAUUUCAUCUUGGAUCUGUUUGAAGGAUCGCCAAAGUCCCUGCCCAAUCCCUAUAGGAGGUGAUGACAUUAUUUAUUUAGUUUUGCAAUGUAGACGAGCCUUUUAUUUCCUCUCUCUACUAAUCUGAGUUCGAGGUAUUAGCUCAACCACUCUCUCCUAUGUUUUACCUUGAAGUUGUCCCACAGUUUUUCGCCCAAUGACCAAGUGAAGUUCAGGCUUAGGGAAGUUGCAUGUUCCCGUGUUGUACCCUGUAGGUAAUUGUUGUAUCGGCGGGUAUAGUCCGUAUACUGAGCACCUGUAAACAUUACCAAAUUGUUUAAUGGAAGAAUGUUUAAUCUGUUUUUCCUAA